AUGGUGAGCAAAAACAAAGAAGGCUACUACACUUCAGAGAUGUUCAAAGAGGCAGAAUAUGCAAUUAAGAAGGAGAUGGACAAAAUGCUAGAAGAAAAGAAGCCAGAAAUGGAAAAACUACAAAAUGAACUCCAACGGAAAUUAAAUGAUGAUCUUGAAGUGUUUGAGAUGCAAAACUCUAUUACACAAAUAGAAAUACAAAAUAUGUCUGAAAGUCUCGCAGAAUUAGAGGAUAGCUAUGAGGAAAAUGAACACAGGAGGAUAGCGGAGAAGGAAAAGAGGAAACAGGAGGAACUGAGGAGAAAUCAGGAGGACGAUGCAAAAAAACAAGAGUUCAAUAAAAGGCGACUGAAUCUUUUGAAAAAGAUAGAGUCUGGGCAGAAGAACACAAGUCUGCCUGAAAUGAUGGUGAUGUCAGCUGCCUUGGAGGACUUACGCAGGGAAAUGGAAAGGCUUGAGAAGGAGAGACGGGAAUGGUGGGAAAAACGCUAUAAGGAGGACCAACAGCGUAGAUUAAAGGAACAAGAACGGUUCAACAAGGUCCAGAAAGAAUAUGAAGAAAAGCGUGAGAAGUACGCACAGUACGAGAUCAAACGGCAAGACCAGGAGAGAGAGCGGAGCAAGCAAGAAGAGCAUCUACUGGAGAAAUAUCAUCAGGAGUUGAAGAGGAUGCAACAAGACCACAAGGCGGAGGUUAGAAGACAAGCUGAGAAAGUCAACGAGUUUCAGAAGAAGUACGACUACGUCAAGGCCAAAGACAACGAACGCAUGAGCAAAGAAUUUAUGCUACUUCGAAUAACCCAAGACAAAAAACAGAGAGAAAACUUCUACCUGCUGAAAGAGAGGCAGAAACAAGAGAUGAAGAGGCUGCAAAAGCGUAAGACAGACCCUGAGCUGCAGAGGGAGGUGAUAAUGCUUCACCAGCAACACGAGAAGGAGAUUGGUAUUUGGAUCAGAGACAGAGCGGACACAACCAUGGACAACAAGGCCUGCACAAUUCUAUGA